UAUUUUGCUCUUCUGCGUUAUUGUAGGACCAGACAAUUUAGAACAGUUAACAGACAAUAGUAUUUAGAAGUGUGUGAGUAUUUUGAGUCACUGUAUAGGGUGUUUAGAUUGUAGCUAUUUAUCUAGCUCAAUUUUUACACAGCCAACGCAACGCGGAAAGAACAUACAGCUUGUCAAAAGCCAGGUAGAUUAUAAGCGAGACAUUUUCAUAGGGUUUACCUGCUGGGAUCAAAAUGGGUUGCACACUAAGUGCCGAAGAUAAAGCUGCCAUGGAGAGGAGUAAAAAUAUUGAUCGGAAUCUGAGAGAAGCUGGCGAAAAGGCAUCAUGUGAAGUCAAACUGUUGCUUCUAGGUGCUGGGGAGUCUGGGAAAAGCACAAUUGUAAAGCAGAUGAAAAUUAUCCAUGAGGAUGGGUACACACAGGAGGAGUGCAGCCAGUACAGAGUGGUGGUUUACAGCAACACCAUCCAGUCCAUCAUCGCCAUCAUCAGAGCUAUGGGCAGGCUGGGCAUAGACUUUGGGGACACAGCACGAUCAGAUGAUGCKCGCCAGCUUUUUGCCUUGGCCAGCUCUGCAGAGGAAGGGGUCAUGACCCCUGAACUGGCUGGGGUCAUCAAGAGGUUAUGGCAGGACGGAGGGGUCCAAAUCUGCUUUGGCAGGUCUAGAGAGUACCAGCUAAACGACUCCGCCUCAUAUUACCUGAAUGACCUGGACAGGAUAUCCCAGCAGAACUACGUGCCCACGCAGCAGGAUGUCCUGCGCACCAGAGUCAAGACCACCGGCAUUGUGGAGACACACUUCACAUUCAAGGACCUCUACUUCAAGAUGUUUGAUGUGGGGGGUCAGAGGUCUGAGAGGAAGAAGUGGAUCCACUGCUUCGAGGGAGUCACAGCCAUCAUCUUCUGUGUUGCGCUCAGUGACUAUGACCUGGUGUUGGCUGAGGAUGAGGAGAUGAACCGAAUGCACGAGAGCAUGAAGCUGUUUGACUCCAUCUGCAACAACAAGUGGUUCACGGGCACCUCCGUCAUCCUCUUUCUCAACAAGAAGGAUCUGUUUGAGGACAAGAUCCAGAAGAGCCCCCUCACUAUCUGCUACCCAGAGUACUCCGGUUCAAACGAAUUCAAAGAGGCGUCAACCUACAUUCAGUGUCAGUUUGAGGACUUGAACAAGCGUAAGGAUACAAAGGAGAUCUACACCCAUUUCACUUGUGCUACUGACACUAAGAACGUGCAGUUUGUCUUUGAUUCUGUCACUGACGUCAUCAUAAAAGCCAACCUGAAGGAGGUUGGCUUGUACUGAGACUCCUGCAACAUCAUCUGUCUUGUCAUCAUAGGGGCUGGUGUGUUGGAAUCACACAUUUACAGGUAUAAAUCAAUCAUUGCCUUUUUGACAGUUAGACCAUAUACAGGAUGGGUUUUUAGACCAUAAACUGUUGCCAUAAUGUAUGAUAAAUCCUUGGAUAUUUCAAAACAAGAUUACACAGAGCACUUAUGUGGUUUUGGUUUUCUAUCUUUUUGCUGUUAUGGAUUCCUUAGCUAUGGACUGAUUUUUAAAGUGGAAUAGAAGUUGUGAGUGUUGGAUUUGCCAAAUGUUUUUGACUGUUACUGCCAAAUUUCUGUAAAAUGUCUUUAAAACAUUCUGCACUUUUUAGGCUUUCAGCAUUCACUGUAAAGGGUUCAAAUGUAUCAAUUACAUUGUAAAUGUUGAAUAAGGGAUCACAAC